AUGAAGCAUUGGAGCGCUUUAAGGACUACACAAGAGAGUGUCCUAACAUGGCUAUCUGAUGGCAGUCUAUGGAACAUUUUCUACAGAGGAAUAAGUGGGAAGUGUCGAUUUUCUCUUGAUACAGCCAGCAAUGGAAAUUUCAUGACCAAGACAGUUACUGAAGCAAAGAUUUUGAUUGAAAAUCUAGCCUCAAGCGACAGUGACAACUUCAUUGGGCAUGAGAGAGCAGUGAAGGCCAUAAAUUCUGAUCCAUACAGAGAUGGAUACAGUGAGAUCAAAGCCAUGAUGGCUGAGAUACUGAGAAACCAAGGAAGAGAAGUGGAGAGACAAAGAGAAGCUUAUAGAGUUGAGUCCACAAUAAUUCAAGACUACUUUGGAGAUUUGAUUCCAAGCUUUCAAGAAGAAGUAAACUUUGUUGGAAUAGAUGGAUUGGCACAUGGAGAAGAAGCUUGGAAAGGAGAGCAUGAUGUUUUUACAACCAAGAAUCACCCAAUGAAAGAGGGAUGUUCAUGGAGGAAGAAAUUAUCAGCAACCACCUCACAAGAGAAGAAUGGAGCCAAGGAGCAACUUUGA